CAAAAAGUUAAUAUUUUAGAAUGUUUUAUAAUAAUUUAUUAAUCCUGAGUUUUUUUUAAAUUAAUAAUUUCAAUUCUCAUUUAUCCUGUUUUACAUUUACAACUACGUUUAAACUUGAAUAUAAUUUAUAAAAAUAAAUGCACAUACCUCGAAACGUCGUACUAGUGGUAUUUUAAUUCAAUAAAUAUAAAAACUUGAACUCAGUACCAACAGAUUUUUAGAAAAUAAUGGAAAAGGGACUGAACAUAACCACCGAAUUUACAAGUGGACUUCAAAUUCUAUUUAACAACAUAAAGAAGCACAAAGUGGUAUUGCCUGAAACUGAAAAUCCUUGGACACUAGGAAUGCUGUUGUUCUGGAUUAAAGACAAUAUAUUGGUCGACAAAGACAAAUGUGAUUUGUUUAUGAAGGGCAACACUGUGAGGCCAGGCAUCAUUGUAGCUGUUAAUGACCAAGAUUGGGAACUCUUGGGCGAUUUAAAAUAUUGUAUUAAGAAUAAUGACAAUAUUACAUUUAUAUCAACAUUACACGGUGGUUAAUAAUUAAAACACCAGUUAUUUUAUUUAUUGUUUAUUUAAUAUGAAUGAAACCUACUCUAAUCAAUAUAACUUAUCCCACAAU